AUGGCCCUGAAGACGCAGCGCGGCUUCGGCAACGAGCACGAGACCGAGGCGCUGCGCGGCGCCCUGCCGGCGCGCAACAACCCGCAGCGCGCGCCGCUGGGCCUCUACGCGGAGCAGUACAGCGGCACGGCCUUCACGGCGCCGCGCGCGACGAACCGCAGGACGUGGGUCUACCGCAUCGCGCCGUCGGCCGCGCGCGGCGCCGCGGCCGCGGCGCCGCGCGAGGCGCCGCUGGAGGCGCCGCCGCGGCUCGAGGCGCCCGACGUCGCCGCGCACGAGCCCCUGCGCUGGGCGCCCCGCGGCGCUUCGACGAGCGGCGUCGACUGGGUCGACGGCCUCGAGGUCGUCUGCGGCGCGGGGUCGCCCGAGGGCAAGGACGGCGUGUCGGUCCAGAGCUACCGCUGCGACGCGGACAUGGUCGACAAAGCCUACGCGUCCGCCGACGGCCACCUCCUCAUCGUGCCCGAGCGCGGCGCGCUGCGCGUGACGACGGAGCUCGGCCGGCUGCGCUGCGCGCCGGGGAGCUGCCUCGUGGUGCCGCGGAACGUGCUCUUCUCCGUGGCGAUCGACGGCGAGUUCGCGCGCGGCUGGGUGCUGGAGACCUACGCCGGCGCGUUUACCUUACCGGAGCUCGGCCCCAUCGGCGCCAACGGCCUCGCCGAGGCGCGCGACUUCGAGGCGCCCGUCGCGUGGUACGAGGACCGGGAGUGCGCCUUCCAAAUCGUCACCAAGUUCCGCGGCGGCUUCCGCGCGUCCGCGGCGACGCACAGCGUCUUCGACGUCGUCGCCUGGCGCGGCACCUACGCGCCCGUCGUCUACGACCUCGAGCGCUUCGUGCCCGUCAACGCGGUCAAGUGCGACCACCCGGACCCGUCGAUCUUCACGGUGCUCACGGUGCCGUCGGCGACGCCGGGCGUGCCCGUGGCCGACUUCGUCGUCUUCCCCGAGCGCUACGCCUGCGCCGUCGACACGUUCCGGCCGCCCUACUUCCACAAGAACGUCAUGUCCGAGUUCAUGGGCCUCAUCCGCGGCGCGUACGACGGCAAGGGCGAGCGAUUCGGCCCCGGCUGCGCGAGCUUGCACGGCGCGGGCGUGCCCCACGGGCCCGACGCGGAGACGUUCGCCGCGGCGUCGACCUGCGACACGUCGCGGCCCGCCAUGCUCGCGGGCGGCCUGGCCUUCAUGUUCGAGACGAACGCGCUCCUCGGCGUCGCGCCGCGGUACGCGCGCGGCGGGCCCCGCGGCCUCGACGCGGCCUACGCGUCGGCCUGGGCGGCGCUGCCGCGCCGCUUCGCCGGGCCCAAGGUCGCGCCCGACAGCGCCUGA